AUGAUAACCACAACUGCAGUACAUACUACGACAACUACAACCGAAGCUGCUACGACAACCACGACUUCAGCGCCUACUACGACAACCACAACACCUACGAUGACAACCACAGCUGUAGCUCCUACGACCACCACAACUGCAGAACCUACUACAACAACUACAACACCUACUACGACAACCACAACACCUACUACGGCAACCACAACACCUACUACGGCAACCACAACACCUACUAUGGCAACCACAACACCUACUACGACAACCACAACUGCAGCUCCAACUACAACAACUGUAGCUCCUACGACCCCCAUAACUGCAGCACCUACAACGACAACUGUAGCUCCUACGACCACAACUGCAGCACCUACUUCAACAACUACAACUGCAGCACCUACUACGACAACUACAACCGAAACUGCAACAAUAACGAUGACUUCAGCACCUACUAUGACAACUACAACACCUACUACGACAACACCUACUAUGACAACCACAACUGUAGCUCCUACGACAACCACAACUGCAACUCCAACUACAACAACUGUAGCUCCUACGACCACCACAACUGCUGCACCUACUACGGCAACCACAACCGAAGCUGCUACGACAACCACGACGUCAGCGCCUACUACAACAACGACAACACCGACAUUACCUACUACGACAACCACAACUGCAGCUCCAACUCCAACUGUAGCUCCUAUGACCACCACAACCACAACACCUACUACAACAACCACUGUAUCUCCUACAACAACUACAAAUGCAGCUCCUACGACAACAACAACUGCAGCUCCUAUUACAACUUUAGAUCCCACGACCACUACAACAGAAGCACCCACUACGACCACUACAAAUGCAGCUUCUACGACAACAACAACUGAUACUCCUACUACAACCACUACAACAAAAGCACCUACAACCAUAACUGUAGCUCCUAUGACAACCACAACUGCAGCUCCAACUACAACAACAGUAGCUCCUAUGACCACCACAACUGCAUCACCUACUACGACAACCACAACACCUACUACGACAACCACAACACCUACUACGACAACCACAACUGUACCUCCUACGACAACCACAACUGUACCUCCUACGACAACCACAACUGUACCUCAUACGACAACCACAACUGUACCUCCUACGACAACCACAACUGUGCCUCCUACGACAACCACAACUGCAGCUUCAAUUACAACAACUGUAGCUCCUACGACCACCACAACCACAACACCUACUACGACAACCACAACUGUACCUCCUACGACAACCACAACUGCAGCUCCAACUACAACAACUGUAGCUCCUACGACCCCCACAACCUCCGCACCCACAAUGACAACUGUAGCUCCUACGACCACAACUGCAUCACCUACUACAACCGAAGCUGCUACGACAACCACGACUUCAGUGCCUACUACGACAACUACAACACCUACUACGACAACCACAACACCUACCACGACAACAACAACUGCAGCUCCAACAACUGUAGCUCCAACGACAACCAAAACUGCAGCUCCAACUACGACAACCACAACUCCAACUUUGACAUCCACAACACCAACUAUAACAACUGUAGCUCCUACGACGACAACUGUAGCUCCUACGACCACAACUACACCAUCUACUUCGACAACCGCUGCAGCAUCUGCUAAAAUAACUACAACUGAUACUCCUACGACAACAUCUGUAGCUCCUAUGACAACUACAACUGCAGCACCUACUUCAACAACUACAACCGAAGCUGGUACGACAACUACAACACCUACUACGACAACCACAACACCUACUACGACAACCACAACUGUAGCUCCUACGACAACCACAACUGCAGCUACAACUUCAACAACUGCAGCUCCUACGACCACAACUCCACCACCUACUUCAACAACCGCUGCAGCAUCUGCUAAAAUAACUACAACUGAUACUCCUACAACAACAUCUGUAGCUCCUAUGACCACUACAACUGCAGCACCUACUUCGACAACUACAACUGUUGCACCAACUACGACAACUAUAACCGAAACUGCUACGACAACCACGACUUCAGCGCCUACUACGACAACUACAACACCUCCUAUGACAACCACAACACCUACUACGACAACCACAACUGCAGCUCCAACUACAACAACUGUAGCUCCAACGACCACCACAACCACAACACCUACUACAACAACCACUGGAUCUCCUACAACAACUACAAAUGCACCUCCUACGACAACCACAACUGCAACUCCAACUUCAACAACUGUAGCUCCUACGACCACCACAACUGCAUCACCUACUAUGACAACCACAACACCUACUACGACAACCACAACACCUACUACGACAACCACAACACCUACUACGACAACCACAACUGUACCUCCUACGACAACCACAAUUGCAGCUCCAACUACAACAACUGUAGCUCCUACGACCCCCACAACCUCAGCACCUACAACGACAACUGUAGCUCCUAUGACCACAACUGCAGCACCUACUUCAACAACUACAACUGCAGCACCUACUACGACCGAAGCUGCUACGACAACCACGACUUCUGCGCCUACUACGACAACUACAACACCUACUAUGACAACCACAACACCUACUACAACAACAACAACUGCAGCUCCAACUACUACGACAACCACAACACCUACUACGACAACAACUGCAGCUCCAACGAACCCCACAACUGCAGCUCCAACUACAACAACAGUAGCUCCUACGACCACCACAACCGCAUCACCUACUACGACAACCACAACACCUACUACGACAACCACAACACCUACUACGACAACCACAACUGUACCUCCUACGACAACCACAACUGCAGCUCCAACUGCAACAACAGUAGCUCCUACGACCACCACAACCGCAUCACCUACUACGACAACCACAACACCUACUACGACAACCACAACUGUACCUCCUACGACAACCACAACUGCAGCUCCAACUGCAACAACAGUAGCUCCUACGACCACCACAACCGCAUCACCUACAACGACAACCACAACACCUACUACGACAAGCACAACUGUACCUACUGCGACAACCACAACUGUACCUCCUACGACAACCACAACUGCAGCUCCAACUACAACAACUGUAGCUCCGACGACCCCCACAACCCCAGCACCUACAACAACAACUGCAGCACCUACUUCAACAACUACAACUGCAGCACCUACUACAACUGAAGCUGCGACGACAACCACGACUUCAACGCCUACUACGACAACUACAACACCUACUACGACAACAACAACUGCAGCUCCAACUUCAACAACUGGAGCUCCAACGACAACCACAACUGCAGCUCCAACUACGACAACCACAACUCCAUCUUUGACAACUGUAGCAUCUAAGACCACCACAACUGCAGCACCUACUACGACAACCACAACACCUACUACAACAUCCACAACUCCAACUACAUCAACUGUAGCUCCUACGACCCCCACAACUGCAGCACCUACAAUGACAACUGAAGCUCCUACGACCACAACUACAACACCUACUACGACAUCCACAACUCCAACUUUGACAACUGUAGCAUCUACAACCACCACAACUACACCACCUACUUCGACAACCGCUGCAGCAUCUGCUAAAAUAACUACAACUGAUACUCCUACGACAACAUCUGUAGCUCCAAUGACCACCACAACCUCCUACGACCACCACAACACCUACUUCGACAACCACAACACCUACUACGACAACCACAACACCUACUACGACAACAACUGCAGCUCCAACUACAACAACUGUAGCUCCAACGACCCCCACAACUGCAGCACCUACAAUGACAACUGUAGCUCCUACGACCACAACUACACCACCUACUUCGACAACUGCUGCAGCAUCUGCUAA